UGCUGUCGUGCAGUACGUAAACAAAAUAGAGCCAGAAGUGUCGGUCGGUCGGCAAUUUUUUAAUUCCCGCGUGUGCAUUAAACAGCAUUACUUUUGUGUAAUUCUAGGGCCAGAUUUUGGGGGAAAUCAAUUCAUUCGACGUUAUCGGAAAAACAUGAACUUCUUACGGCAAACGUUGAACAUCACCAAAUCUUUCGCCAAUGAAGCAUUUUCCUCUUUUCUUCAGCGCGGUACGAUGGCCACGUUGAACCAAAUGCACCGGACCGGUCCGCACAUCAAGCAACGGCCUCCGAGGCAACCCCUCGAUGGAAAACCUUUUGCCAAGGGAGUGGUGCUGAAGACGCUUAUCAAGAAACCGAAGAAGCCCAACUCGGCUAACCGAAAGUGCGUUCUGGUACGGCUCAGCACCGGAAAAGAGCUGGUAGCUUACAUUCCCGGUAUCGGGCAUAACCUGCAGGAACACAACAUCGUGAUGGUGCGUGUGGGACGAAUGCAGGAUCUGCCCGGAGUCAAAAUCAAGUGCGUACGUGGUAAGUACGAUUUGCCGCACGUGAUCAAACAGAAGUAGUUCGGUAGGGAGCUGCGACAUGGGAUAAUGUGCUUCGGUGAAUAAAAAGAAAGGAGUUAUA